AUGAAAGACAAGCGUGGGCGUUCCAAGACAAAGAAAACAUGUCUAUCGUCACACAGGGAGUCGUCUCCUCCCUCCACCAGAGUCAGAACGGUUCCUACAACGCCGUUGGAUCGCACUCAUCUUCUCCCCAAAAGAAGCCAAGGUCGUAGUAGACUCAACAAAAUCAAGUCGCUCAGCAGAAUCGAGAUCCGCUCCCAGCUCCCGCGGCUCUCGGUGCUUCUGACGCCGUUGGAGGGCCCGUCACGGAAAAACGACGAACAAACGUCUCUCCGGUCAGCGUCGUCUCGCUACUCGUUCGCACUGCGACUACUCAGUAUUGUCCCUAAUGUGUUCCAUGCCACCAGAAAUUACUAUAACGACUUCACCACGAUCGACUGGGCUACGGCUUUUUUGCUGGCGAACAGGUUCAACUUUGAACUCAGCCACCGCCAUUGGAUUGUGAACGAUGGUUUGGACGAAACCUCCGAAACUGGCGAGUCGAAAAUUCCUUACUACUACAAAGCAUACUUGAUCCUGGGCAAAUGGGUGCUCAUAGUGGCCAUUGGAUUCUUGUUCUCGCUUAUUGCCUUCACCAUCGACAAAAUUGAAAUUUUGCUCGUUGGGUUCAAACAUGGCUAUUGUCGCAACAACUGGUUUGCAAGCCAGGUUAGCUGCUGUAACGAGCCCGUCAAGAAGAACGUGUUUAAAUCGGGACUGGUGUUCACCACCAAUACCAAGUGCCCGGAUUGGGUGACUUGGGCCAACUUUUUCCAAGAUCUUCCCUUCACCUCGGUCAGAAUCGAUUUUGUCAUUUAUGUGAUGCUCACAUUAAUUUUGGCAUUUUUGGCGUGCUCCGUCACCCUCACCACCAACAUCGCCAGCCGCCGUGUGUUUGUCAAGCUGGAGUCUGACGAAGCCAUGGUCCAAUCCAGCUCGUCGUCUCUCGAAAUUGACGAAACCACCGGUGUGGAAUACCACGAAAAAUACCCUUUUGGAAGAUUGAACAUGUACACUGCGUGUGGCUCGGGUGUUCCUGAAGUCAAGACGAUUCUAUCGGGUUUCGUCAUUCGUCGUUUUCUCGGAACUUAUACGCUCGUAGCCAAGACCAUAGCGUUGAUCUUUGCAAUUGCUUCCGGUAUGGCGUUGGGUAAAGAGGGUCCCUACGUCCACCUCGCGACCUGUGUGGGAAACAUCAUGACUCGGUUUGUGCCGUAUGUCAAAAAUAAUGACUUUAUGAAGAAACAAAUACUCUCGGCAAGCGCUUCUUCUGGAGUGGCUUUAGCCUUUGGCUCCCCACUCGGUGGAGUUUUGUUCAUCCUUGAGGAAAUCAACCAUUAUCUUCCAUCGCAUCAGCUCUUCCAGGUGUUUUUCUGUGCCAUCACAUCGACGCUCUUUCUCAAGUUUUUGAACCCUUAUGGAACAGGAAAAACGGUUCUUUUCGAGUUGAAAUACACCUCAGAUUGGGAAACGGUGGAGCUUCUUUUCUUCAUCUUUCUUGGAGCUGCUGGAGGCGCUUUUGGAGCGUGCUUUGUAAAGUUCACUGGGUGGUGGGGAAAGACUUUCCGCAAACUAAAACCGAUAAAUGGACAUCCUAUCUUUGAGGUGUUUUUGGUGUCUUUAAUUACCGGCAUUGUCUCGUUUUGGAACCCAUACACAAUCCAAGCGUCUUCGGAAUUGGUUCUAGAUCUCGCUACCCCAUGUUCCACCGAACUUGACCUGAGCUUGUGUCCUACCAUUCAUGGCGAAUUUGUUCGUGAGAUCAAAAGCCUCAUUUUUGCAUUUAUUGUCAAGCUAGUGUUGACUUUUAUCACUUUUGGACUCAAGGUUCCCUGUGGUAUCUAUGUGCCUUCGAUGGUAGUAGGAGCGUUGUUUGGUCGAAUUGUUGGAAUGUUCAUUCAAUGGUGCAAUUAUUCCUUCAACCUUGCUGUGCCAGCCGAUGGCUUGGCCACCUCAACUUCGAUAAUGAGGUACAUUUGCUCACCAGAUUCGUCCAAUAACGAUUGCGUGGACUUGGGAAUUUACUCUAUGAUUAGUGCUGGAGCAUUUAUGGCUGGUGUAACCAGAAUGAAUAUUGCUCUAGUCACCAUUCUCUUUGAACUCACAAGCUCAUACACCUAUGUUUUGCCAAUCUCAAUAGCCAUUGCCGUUGCGAAUUGGGUUGGAAGUGUGCUAGAGAAAAACUCGCUUUACGAGUCUCUCCUCAUACAGAACGACUACCCAUUCAUGUCUUCUGAGACUGAGCCUAUAGACCCAUUUGUCAAAACUCGAGACAUUAUAGACGAUAGCGAAGUUUAUGACUGGACUGAACAUUCCAAUUAUGACACCCACAAGUCAAGAAGAGGCACCAAUCCUUCCAGUCUCCAAAACUCACCAUUGGUGCUGGCUGGUGGAAUGAAGGUGAACCAAUUGGCUCGAGUUUCAAAUCAUGUCUACGACAGUGACAAACUUUACAUUGAUAUCAGUGACUCGGUCCAUGUUCCCAUGUCAUAUUUGAAACUGAAACUUCAUAUGCUUGCAGACAAGUACCUUCUAGAUGGGUGUAUUCCACUUAUCAGGCAUCAUGUAUGCGUUGGGCUCAUCUACUUUUCUGAGCUCGAAUACUCACUUGAUAAGCUCGCUGAGUUCUGCCUUCAAAAUGAAGUGGUAGAAGAUCUUGUGUGCAAAUUGGCAGAAGACGACGGUGAUGAAAGCAGAGAUCUCAACUAUAACAUUCUAAGACAAAAACUAGAGUUUUCAAAGCGGCAAGCGGGAGUUCAAUUGGAUUACUUCAACUAUGGUUCCCAUGAAGAAUACGAUGACAUGAACGAAGAGCUCUCCAACCUCACAAACACCUUGGAGUCUUUGUCUGACCUCACGUGCUUCGUCGACUAUUCUCCUAUCUUCUUGAGCUACGAUUCUGAGUUGGCGUUGGCACAUCUUAUUUUCGAUCGAAUUGGAAACCGGGUGAUUGUGUUGUUGAAGGAUGGAAAGUAUUAUGGGGUUUUGCAUAAGAAGGUGUUGAUUGAUUACUGCCGGCAGGCGGAGACAUAA